AUGACACAAGGAUUACCGAUACGUUUUCAGGAACAUCUGCAGCUCACUAAAGUGGGUAUCAAUCAGAAUAGUGUCUCAUUUGGGACACUCACAAUGGAGUCAGAUAAAUUUAUAUGCGUCAGAGAAACAAUUGGUGAAACUUCACAAGUUGUAAUCAUUGAUAUGAACGAUGUAUCAAAUCCAAUAAGACGUCCAAUAUCGGCAGAUUCAGCAAUUAUGAAUCCAGCUUCUAAAGUGAUAGCUCUAAAAGGAAAAGCUGGUGCUGAAGCUCAAAAAACACUUCAAAUAUUCAAUAUAGAAAUGAAAAGCAAAAUGAAAGCUCAUGCGAUGACCGAUGAUGUCAUCUUUUGGAAGUGGAUUUCAUUGAACACUUUAGCACUCGUAACGGAAUCAUCAGUCUAUCACUGGAGCAUGGAAGGUGAUUCAACGCCUCAAAAAAUGUUUGAUCGCCAUUCUUCUUUAAAUGCAUGCCAAAUAAUAAAUUACAGAACUGAUCCGAAUCAAGCAUGGCUUUUACUUAUUGGUAUUACCGUUCAGGGUAAUCGUGUAGCAGGAGCCAUGCAAUUGUACUCGGUUGAGAGAAAAUGUUCACAACCUAUUGAGGGUCAUGCUGCUGCUUUCGCUCAGUUUAAAAUGGAAGGAAAUGCGGAAAUGUCAACGUUGUUUUGCUUUGCCGUGCGAUCCGUUCAAGGAGGUAAACUUCACAUAAUUGAAGUAGGUCAGCCUCCGGCUGGCAAUCAACCUUUCACAAAAAAAGCAGUUGAUGUUUUUUUCCCUGCCGAAGCUGUUAAUGAUUUUCCUGUUGCAAUGCAGGCAAGUCCAAAAUACGACGUUAUUUAUUUAAUCACCAAGUAUGGAUAUAUUCACUUGUACGACAUUGAGACUGCAACUUGCAUUUAUAUGAAUCGAAUAAGUUCCGAUACUAUAUUCGUGACUGCUCCUCUUGAGGCUACCGGAGGCAUCAUCGGAGUUAACAGAAAAGGACAGGUUUUAUCUGUUACCGUGGAUGAGGACAAUAUUAUUCCAUACAUCAAUACGGUUCUUCAGAACCCUGAUCUUGCUUUGAGAAUAGCCGUCAGAAAUAAUCUCGCGGGUGCUGAAGAUUUGUUUGUUCGCAAGUUCAAUCAACUGUUUCAAAAUGGACAAUAUGUGGAAGCCGCCAAGGUUGCAGCAAACGCGCCAAAAGGUAUUUUAAGAACUCCUCAAACAAUACAGAGAUUUCAACAAGUUCCUACUCCUUCAGGACAAACCUCGCCUCUAUUGCAGUAUUUUGGAAUUUUACUAGAUCAGGGUCAGUUGAAUAAAUAUGAAUCGUUGGAAUUAUGUCGACCUGUUUUGCAACAAGGGCGUAAACAAUUGCUUGAAAAAUGGUUGAAAGAAGAUAAACUUGAGUGUUCUGAAGAAUUGGGAGAUUUGGUAAAACAAGCAGAUCCGACAUUGGCACUUUCCGUUUAUUUAAGAGCAAACGUUCCCAACAAAGUCAUUCAGUGUUUCGCAGAAACUGGACAAUUUCAAAAAAUUGUUCUUUACGCCCAAAAGGUUGGGUACACUCCCGACUACAUAUUUCUUUUGCGCAAUGUGAUGCGAGUUAAUCCGGAGCAAGGAGUAGCUUUUGCUCAGAUGCUAGUACAGGAUGAUGAACCAUUAGCAGAUACAAAUCAGAUUGUGGAUAUUUUCAUGGAGCAGAAUAUGGUUCAACAAUGUACAGCAUUUUUACUGGAUGCUUUAAAAAAUAAUCGACCGUCCGAAGGGCCUUUACAAACUCGAUUACUCGAAAUGAAUUUGAUAUCGGCUCCUCAGGUCGCGGAUGCAAUUUUAGGAAAUCAAAUGUUUACCCAUUAUGAUAGAGCUCACAUCGCUCAAUUGUGUGAAAAAGCAGGCUUACUUCAGAGAGCUCUGGAACAUUACACUGAUCUUUACGACAUUAAAAGAGCGGUCGUUCACACCCACUUGCUAAAUUCCGAAUGGCUCGUUGGAUACUUUGGAACUUUGAGCGUGGAAGAUUCUUUGGAAUGUUUGAAAGCAAUGUUAACGAAUAACAUUCGUCAAAACUUACAAACUUGCGUUCAAGUUGCUACGAAAUAUCACGAACAACUUACGACAAAAGCUCUCAUCGAUUUAUUUGAAAGUUUCAAAAGCUACGAGGGUUUAUUUUAUUUCCUAGGAUCGAUCGUUAAUUUUUCGCAAGACCAAGAAGUUCAUUUCAAGUACAUUCAAGCAGCUUGCAAAACUGGACAAAUCAAAGAAGUGGAAAGGAUUUGCAGGGAAUCAAAUUGUUACAAUCCGGAACGUGUGAAAAACUUUUUGAAAGAAGCAAAAUUAACCGAUCAAUUGCCCUUGAUUAUUGUGUGCGAUCGUUUCGAUUUUGUGCACGAUUUGGUUUUGUAUUUGUAUCGGAAUAAUCUACAAAAAUACAUUGAGAUUUACGUGCAAAAGGUGAAUCCGUCUCGCCUUCCCGUUGUUAUCGGAGGCCUGUUAGACGUCGAUUGUUCUGAAGACAUAAUUAAAAACCUAAUAUUAGUCGUAAGAGGUCAAUUUUCAACUGACGAGCUAGUCGAGGAAGUGGAAAAAAGAAACCGUUUGAAACUUUUAUUGCCUUGGCUCGAAUCGAGAGUUCACGAGGGUUGCGUCGAAUCGGCGACUCAUAAUGCUCUCGCAAAAAUUUAUAUCGAUAGCAAUAAUAAUCCGGAAAGAUUUUUAAAGGAAAAUCAAUUUUACGACAGCAGAGUCGUCGGAAAGUAUUGUGAAAAAAGAGAUCCACACCUGGCAUGUAUCGCCUACGAAAGGGGUCAAUGCGACAGGGAAUUGAUUAACGUUUGCAAUGAAAAUUCACUCUUUAAAUCCGAAGCUCGGUAUUUGGUGAGAAGAUGUGAUCCGGAAUUGUGGGCUGAAGUAUUAAGUGAGAAUAAUCCGUACAAACGUCAACUGAUCGAUCAAGUCGUUCAAACGGCUUUAAGUGAAACUCAAGAUCCCGAAGAUAUUUCGGUCACGGUUAAAGCAUUUAUGACCGCGGAUUUACCGAACGAAUUAAUUGAACUUUUGGAAAAAAUUGUUUUGGACAAUUCCGUUUUUAGUGAUCACAGGAAUUUGCAAAACUUGUUGAUUUUAACGGCCGUCAAAGCCGAUAGAACUCGAGUUAUGGAAUACAUAAAUCGAUUGGAUAAUUACGAUGCUCCGGAUAUCGCUAAUAUUGCUAUCAGUAAUCAAUUAUACGAAGAAGCUUUUGCUAUUUUCAAAAAGUUUGACGUUAACACUUCUGCUAUACAAGUUUUAAUAGAUCACAUUCAAAAUUUGGAUCGCGCCUACGAAUUUGCCGAAAGGUGCAACGAACCUGCCGUGUGGAGUCAACUUGCUAAAGCUCAGUUGCAACAAGGAAUGGUCAAAGAGGCCAUCGAUUCAUUUAUCAAAGCAGACGAUCCCUCGGCUUACAUGGACGUCGUUCAAACGGCUAGCAAAACAAACAGUUGGGAAGAUUUGGUUCGUUAUUUACAAAUGGCGAGAAAGAAAGCUCGAGAGUCUUACAUAGAAAGUGAACUUAUUUAUGCUUAUGCAAGAACAAAUCGAUCGUCCGAUUUGGAAGAAUUUAUAUCGGGACCUAAUCAUGCGGAUAUUCAAAAGAUCGGUGACAGAUGUUUCGAAGACAAAAUGUACGAAGCUGCUAAAUUGCUUUACAAUAACGUGAGUAAUUUUGCUCGUCUUGCGAUUACUCUCGUUCAUUUGCGGGAAUUUCAAGGUGCCGUAGACUCGGCGAAAAAAGCCAACAGCACCAGGACGUGGAAAGAAGUUUGUUUUGCAUGCGUCGAUUCGGAAGAAUUUCGGCUUGCGCAAAUGUGCGGGCUCCACAUAGUGGUGCACGCCGACGAAUUAGAAGAUUUGAUAAAUUAUUAUCAGGAUAGAGGAUAUUUCGAAGAAUUGAUCAACCUUUUAGAAGCCGCUUUAGGAUUGGAAAGAGCUCACAUGGGAAUGUUCAGUGAGCUGGCUAUUUUGUAUUCCAAGUAUAAGCCGAGCAAAAUGCGUGAGCAUUUGGAACUUUUCUGGUCGCGAGUCAACAUUCCAAAAGUUUUAAGAGCUGCCGAACAAGCUCAUUUGUGGUCCGAGUUGGUUUUCCUGUACGACAAAUACGAAGAAUACGAUAACGCCGUCAUUGCGAUGAUGGCACAUCCCACGGAAGCAUGGAGAGAGGGUCAUUUUAAAGAUAUAAUAACCAAGGUUGCCAACAUAGAAUUGUACUAUAAGGCUAUACAGUUUUAUUUAGAUUAUAAACCGUUGUUACUCAACGAUAUGUUGUUGGUUCUCGCUCCCAGAAUGGAUCACACUCGCGCAGUCAGUUUCUUUACCAAAGUUAAUCAUCUGCAACUCGUAAAACCUUAUUUACGCUCAGUCCAAAGCCUCAAUAACAAAGCUAUAAACGAAGCACUUAAUCAAUUGCUAAUCGAUGAAGAAGAUUACCUGGGUCUUCGAACGUCGAUUGACGCCUUUGACAAUUUCGAUAACAUUGCUUUGGCACAGAAAUUAGAAAAACACGAAUUAACGGAAUUCCGUAGAAUCGCUGCGUAUUUGUAUAAGGGAAACAACCGUUGGAAACAAUCCGUCGAGCUGUGUAAAAAAGACAGGCUUUUUAAGGACGCCAUGGAAUAUGCGGCAGAAUCAAAAAAUCCGGAAGUUGCUGAAGAAUUGUUGGCUUGGUUUUUGGAAAAAGAGUGUUACGAUUGCUUUGCUGCUUGUUUAUUCCAAUGUUACGAUCUUCUACAUCCCGAUGUUAUUUUGGAACUCGCUUGGCGUCAUAACAUUAUGGAUUUUGCCAUGCCCUAUUUAAUUCAAGUUCUCAGAGAAUAUACGAGUAAGGUAGACAAAUUAGAAGAAGCUGAAAGUCAAAGAGUCGAAGAAACAGCACAUCAGGAAAAUAAACCGAUGAUGAUUCCUGAACCACAGUUGAUGUUAACUGCUGGACCCGGAAUGAUGGGAACCGGUUAUGCGCCUGCAUACCCGCAAACGGCUUAUUCUCCGAAUCCAGGAAUGCCUUAUCAAGGCUACGGCAUGUAA